UUUUCUUCUCACAAUUCUCAGGCCAUAAAAAUAAAUAGAAGACGACAGAGAAAAUCAAAAAAGAAAAAUCUAAUCUUGAAUAGAAGCAGAGAAAGAGAGAACGUACAGUCUGUGAGACGAGGUAGGCGCAGAGAUCGUUAAUAUUCUCCUCAAUUCUGCUUCUCUUUUCGUUUCUGGAUAAUCUUGACAGGAGUGGGACUCCUCACUGCAUAUUCUUUAUGAUGGAGGAUGUAAAAGUUGCUGAAGUUAUUCCUCCUCCAGAUUUGUCUUCAUCCUCUCAAGAAAACAAUCAUUCUUAUAAGGAAGGCUCAAUAAACCCACUUAAUAAUGGAAAAGUAGAAUCUGACAGUAAGUUAUCAGUAAUGGAACAUUCUAAUUCAUCAUUUAUCCAAGAUGUUUUUGAUAACCCUAUCCUAGCGGAAAAUUCAGGUCAAAUUCAACUUCUUCCAACGGACAAUCUGGUGUCUACUUCAAUAGCUGAUAUAAUAGAGACAGACAAUCCAGGUACAGUCAAGGAAGAUUCAAAAACGGAAGCAACACAAGAUUUCUCCAAUGGACGAGAAUCUCAAGAAAAAAUUGAAACCGUUGCAAUAUCCUCUAAUGGACAACAUUACCAAGAGAAAACUGAAGCUGUUCAAAGUUCUGCAGAUGGAUUGCAAUUGCAAGAAAAAACUGAACCUCUGCAAAAUUCCUGUGACAUGCAGCAAUCACAAGAUACUUCUUCUCUUGACAGUUCCCACAUUCAUAUUGAUGACAUUAUACCUAUUGCUUCUUAUCCUAAGGUGAGCUCGCAAUCCAAUGAGUUUGAUCUUCCCCACAUAAAGGUCAGAGUGCAAACAGAUGAACCUACCUCUGCCUCACCAUAUGCAAAGAUUGCCAGUCAUAUUGUCAGGACACCAUCAUCUCUCAAUUCACCUGGAGAUGUUAAGCAGGGCGGCAUAUACAGAGGUCUUAUUGAUACAAGGGCACCUUUUGAAUCUGUUAAAGAAGCUGUUUCCAAGUUUGGAGGAAUUGUAGAUUGGAAAGCCCACAAAAUACAAACUGUUGAGAGACGCAAGCUUGUGGAGCAAGAGCUAGAGCAGGUACAGAAGGAAAUGCCUGAGUACAGGAAAAAGUCGGAGGAUGCUGAACUGGCAAAAAUACAAGUUCUUAAGGAGCUGGACAGCACUAAGAGGCUUAUUGAAGAGCUAAAGCUCAAUCUGGAGAGGGCACAGACGGAAGAGCAUCAAGCAAAACAAGAUUCUGAGCUUGCCAAGCUGAGGGUAGAAGAACUAGAACAAGGAAUUGCUGAUGAGGCUAGCGUUGCAGCAAAGGCACAGCUUGAGGUUGCUAAAGCGAGGCAUGCAGCUGCAGUUUCAGAGCUCAAAUCUGUUAAUGAUGAAUUGGAAACGCUGAAAAAGGAAUAUGCUUCUUUAGUUGCCGAGAAAUAUGAAGCUGUGAAGAAAGCUGAAGAGGCUGUUUCUGCAUCCAAGGAAGUUGAGAAGACAGUUGAGGAACUUACUAUUGAGCUGAUUGCUACAAAGGAAUCCUUAGAGUCAGCACAUGCUGCCCACCUGGAGGCAGAGGAACAAAGAAUAGGAGCAGCCAUGGCAAGGGAGCAAGAUUCCCUCUAUUGGGAAAAGGAAUUGAAGCAGUCAGAAGAGGAGCUCCAGAAACUUAACCAACAAAUUCUUUCAGCAAAGGAUCUCAAAUCAAAACUAGACAAUGCUUCAGCUUUGCUACUUGAUCUGAAAGCUGAAUUAGCAGCAUAUAUGGAAUCUAAAUUAAAGGAGGAUUCUGAUGAAGGAAACACAAAAGCUGAGCAAGAGGAACCAGAGAAGAGAACUCAUACUGACAUAAAGGCAGCAGUAGCUUCAGCAAAGAAGGAGCUAGAAGAAGUAAAGCUUAACAUAGAGAAAGCAACUGAUGAAGUUAAUUGCUUGAAGGUGGCCGCCACAUCACUCCAGUCAGAGCUUGAAAAAGAAAAAUCAUCUCUUGCUACAAUGAGGCAGAGAGAAGGAAUGGCAUCAGUCACAGUUGUUUCUCUUGAAGCAGAGCUGGAUAAUACUAGGUCAGAGAUAGCACUAGCUCAGAUGAAGGAGAAAGAAGCAAAAGAGAAGAUGGCAGAGUUGCCCAAGCAACUGCAGCAAGCAGCAAAAGCAGCUGAUGAGGCCAAGCAACUGGCUCAAAUAGCUCAUGAAGAGCUGCGCAAGGCAAAGGAAGAAGCAGAACAAGCAAAGGCUGGAGCAAGUACAAUGGAGAGCAGAUUACUUGCAGCUCAAAAAGAGAUAGAGGCUGCCAAGGCAUCUGAAAAAUUGGCUUUAGCAACUGUUAAAGCAUUGCAAGAGAGUGAAUCAGCUCAAAGCACCAAGGAUGUAGAUUCACCUGCUGGUAUAACACUUUCUUUAGAGGAGUACUAUGAGUUGAGUAAACGUGCUCAUGAGGCAGAGGAGCAGGCUAACAGAAGGGUGGCAGCUGCAAUUGCUCAAAUUGAGAUCGCUAAGGAGUAUGAGUUAAAAAUUGCAGAGAAGUUGGAAGAAGUGAAUAAAGAGAUGGCUGCAAGAAAGGAAGCGCUAAAAAUUGCAAUGGACAAGGCUGAAAAGGCCAAGGAAGGGAAAUUGGGUGUAGAACAAGAGUUGAGGAGGUGGAGGGCUGAACAUGAGCAAAGACGGAAGACUGGUGAACCUGGUCAAGGAGACGCUGCCCCUGUUAAAAGCCCAAGGACCAUCUCUGAAGACAGGAAGGAAUCUAAGAACUUUGAUGAGGCUCUGGAUGCGUCAGUCGAGUAUGAGUCGAGUCCAAAAGCACAUAUGCAUAUAACUACCACUGAAACUGAAUCGUCCUCAGAAGUAAAUGUUCAAAAAAAGAAAAAGAAAUCAUAUUUCCCCCGAUUUUUAAUGUUUUUAGUAAGGAAAAAGUCACACUCAUCCAAGAAAGGGUAAGAAUUCAGCGAACAUAGAAGAGAAGGCCUGCCUUAGUUGUGAUUUUACAUCUCUUUGCAGGGCAUUCACCUUCACAUUAUGGAUAUGAUCAUACAGAGGUUUUCUUUGAAUGUAAAUGUUGGCUAUUAAUUUGUGUAUGAUAAGUUGGUUGAAUUAUAUUUUUUUUCCUCGCAGAUGAGAAAAGGCUGGUUGGCUUUGGUGAAGGUUUUUUUGAUAUUCUAGUGUUUGGCUGGGGAAGGACAUAAUAAGUUGUUUUUGUAUUGUAUAAUUUUGCAACAUUCCAACAUGGAAAUAUUGUAAAGGUGUGCAAUUGGUUUAAUUGAAAGAUUUUGUUUUUUCA